AUGUCUAUCGAACGCAUCCACGACCGCAAAGACGAGGAAAUCCACGAGGGCGACUGGGUCUGGACACGCUUCCGUGGUGGCGUGCGCGAGGGCGAGGUGCACAAAAUUGUAAAAGACGAGAAAGAGGCCCGAGACGAAGGCGUUGCGAAUCCGCCCAAGGUUGUCUUUACGGACCAGCAUGGUGAUCGUGUCGCGCACAAUCCGACUACGCUGUCCAAGACGUCUUUUGUGGGCCGGGGUGGUUGA